CUCCAGCUCCGACAAACGUUAGAGCUGAAAGCCUAUCUAGGCUUACUGAACUAUUACAAUCGCUUCCUCCCGAACCUCUCUACCCUCUUAGCUCCUCUACAUCAACUGUUAAGGAAGGAUGUGGCCUGGAAAUGGUCAGAAAGUCAGGAAGAAGCUUUUGCAAAGUCAAAGGUGUUACUGCAAUCAGCUGAAGUGCUAGUGCACUACUCAUCAGACAGAGAUCUUAUCUUAUCGUGUGAUGCCUCAGCGUAUGGUGUGGGGGCGGUGCUAUCCCACCGGAUGGAGAAUGGUGCAGAGAAACCUAUCGGGUUCAUGUCAAGAACGUUGUCGCCAGUGGAGAAAAAGUACUCUCAGCUGGACAAGGAAGGACUGGCUGUCAUAUUCGGAAUACAGAGAUUCCACAAGUACUUGUACGGGAGAACAUUCACUAUUAUGACGGAUCAUAAGCCUCUGAUCUCUCUGUUCCAUGAACAAAAGCCAAUACCACAAAUGGUCUCUCCAAGAGUUCAAUGUUGGAAUGUGUGGCUCAGGGCCUACGAGUACAGAAUCAUUUACAAACCAGGUAGAUACCAUGGGAAUGCUGAUGCUCUGAGUAGGCUGCCCGUUCCAGAAAUCAUCAUUCAGGAAGAAGAAAAUGACCAGGUUUUGAUGAUCGACGUGCUGGAUGAUGCACCGGUGAACACAGCACAAAUCAGGCAAUGGACUUCAAAGGAUGUGACGUUAUCACAAGUGCAUGAAUUUAUCCUGAAAGGAUGGCCUACAGUGACAGAGCCUCAGAUCAUGCCUUACUACACUCGCCGCUUGGCAUUGAGUGUUCGAGAUGGAUGUGUUCUGUGGGGUUCAAGAGUAGUUAUCCCACCACAAGGGCGGGGGUUGCUACUGAAGUUGUUGCAUCAGUCGCAUCCAGGUAUGUCGAGGAUGAAAGGCCUAGCGAGGUCAUAUGUCUGGUGGCCAAAGAUGGACCACGAUGUGGAAAAGGAGGUUAGCCGGUGUGAGGAUUGUCAGAGUAACAGGAAGUCACCCCCCACCGCUCCAUUACAUCCUUGGGAAUGGCCAGAAAAACCAUGGACACGACUACAUGUGGACUACGCUGGACCUUUCCUAGGGAAAAUGUUCCUGGUGCUGAUUGAUUCUCAUUCAAAGUGGAUGGAUGUUUACCCCAUGAACACGUCAACAUCGUUCGCUACGAUUGAGAAGUUGAGACAAAGCUUCAGUGUUAUGGGAUUGCCUCAAAUGUUGGUUAGUGACAAUGCUACUUGUUUUACAAGCACUGAAUUCACAAGUUUCAUGAAACAAAAUGGUAUUCAGCAUGUAACGUCGGCCCCUUUUCACCCAUCUUCAAACGGAUUAGCAGAACGUGCAGUUCAGACCUUGAAGGAGGGGAUGAGGAAGAUGCAAGGGCCCAGCAUUGAAACAAAGGUGUCAAGAUUCUUGUUUAGCUACAGGAUUACUCCUCAAGCUACGACUGGGUUGUCACCUGCAGAAAUGUUGAUGUCAAGGAGGUUAAGGUCAACCUUGGAUCUCAUCAGACCAGACCUGAAAAUGAAAAUACAACAAAAGCAAUGGAAUCAAAAAUGUAAUCAUGACACCCGAGCCAAACUCAGAAGUUUCUCACCUGGAGAUGAUGUCUACACAAGAAACUAUGGGUUUGGUCUUAAAUGGAUUCCAGCUACCAUUGAGGAUUGCUCAGGACCAGUAUCUUAUACUGUGAUUAUCGGAAGUGGACAAAGACUAAGGAGACACGUGGAUCAGAUCCGAGCUCGAAUUCCAGUUCCAUCCGGAGAUCUGGAUAAAUUCUUAAACGAGCAGGACAGGACAUUGGAACGUUCCCCAGAGUUGCAGUUGGACAAACCACCUGAGACCAACAAUGCUCAACUUCCUGAGACCACCAGUCCUGGAUGACCUCCUCCUGUGAAGUCUCCACAAAAGGACUUUGUUUCAGCAUCAAGGGGUGAAGAUCUGGUGGCACCAGCUACACCACCUCUGAGACGCUCUAUUAGAGAGAGACGUCCGCCAGACUUUUUCAGAUCCUAAAAGAGAUCAUUUUUGUAAAAAUGUAAAUAAGAAUAUAGCAUAGCUCAGAAAGGAAUGAAAUUGGGUUAUUAGCUUUAAAGGGGGGGAAUGUAGUAACCUGGUAUAUUUUUGUUUACCAAUAGAUGGCAGUAUUGACUCAAGACGGGGGUUUGCAUCCCGCUAUCCGUAGCUAUUUUCUAUGUCUGCCUAUAUUACCAUGAUUAAGAAAGCUUCAGGGGUUUUAAGCCAGGUGCAUAAAAUGAUGUAAAUCUCAGUUACAAUUAAAUACUAAACCGUAUGUAAGUCUCAUGAGUCGUAAUUCUAAGAAGCCUUUAAGGAUACUACAGUAAAAUAGAUUGUGUCUGUAAAAUGUGGUAUAGUAUGUAUAAACUGGGAGUAGAAGUAGAAGUCUAAGUAUUAUUGCUUAUUAGUUUACUCCAAUUGGGGGAGAGGUGGUAGGGUUUGCUGCUAUGGCAACUACUGUACUGUACUUAAUAUACUGUAGUUAUAUACUUCUUUCAUUGCAUUGUGCACAUUACACUGUAUUCCUGCACAAAUGACAACUUUGAUUUCAUUUGAUACAGUUUACCAUAACCCUGUUCACUCUGUUGUUAUGAUGAAAAUAUGGAGUCAUUUCAAAAGUUCUUUAGAGACAUGCAUCUCACCAACAUUGGGUAUAAUUUUGCAUAAUUAUUAUUCUUUUUUUAAUGAAGGAGUUCCCAGACAGUUGAGCUCUACUGGUAUAAUGUUUAGCAAUGCAAUCUAAGAAACGGAAUGUCCUCAUUUCAGGAAGAGCUCAUGACGUCUGGCUGCACUUUUGCAGCUGUGAGCUGGAACCUGUUACCCUGAUCCGCCACAGACUCUGGCCUGCCAAACAGCAAUAUCAGAGGACCUCCUGCGCCACUUUGCAGCCCUGCAGCUGGAGUGUGGGGUGUCUUUGAGGGGGAUUACCUUAGCUUUCCAUAAAUCCAAUGCAUGCUGGAAGUAGUUAUUGUAUUUUACAUUGGAAAUCAAAUUAUACGUGUAAGUGUUUUUUACAAAGAAGAGUUUUUUUUUUCUGUGUCCAGACAGUUGAGCUCUACUGGAAGCUCACAAAUUAGUCAUUUGAGGAGUUCAAACAUUGGCACUUUGAACGAGAGACUGUCAGGAAGUAGGCGCCACUGACCUCGAACAGAACAAAGUGUCCUUCCUCUCUGUCCACAGGAAAAUGGUCAUCAAAUUAUUGCAAGCUGAUGCUCUAUUUGGGCUUCCAAGAAAAAGAUUGUCUGGGACCAACAUUGAGAGUCUCAAACAUGCUGGGCUGUUCUUUUGUGCCCAAGACAAAGUUUACUGCUUUGUCGGAGGAGCAUCAGACAAACAAACUGAGGUAUACUGGAUUUUGAAGAAUGGGAUGUAUCUCACAAUCAGUU